UCUAACCAACUACUAAGAAAUACCAUUCUUUCCUCUUCCCACCUUACUCUAUCCAAAAUCUGAAUUUCAUUCUAAGAAUGCUACCAGUGAUUGCAGUUAUAAUGUUACUAAAUAUGAAAAGUGCUGUUUGAUAACAGAGAAGGAAGAAAGAGUAAGAGAAAAUCAACUCAUAAAAAGGUGAUGGAGAGUUACUUGAAUGAGAGUUUUGGAGGGGUGAAAUCCAAGAACUCUACCGAAGAAGCUCUUUCAAAAUGGAGAAAAGUAUGUGGUGUGGUGAAGAACCCGAAAAGACGAUUUCGUUUCACUGCCAACCUCUCCAAGCGUUACGAAGCUGCUGCUAUGCGUCGUACCAAUCAGGAGAAGCUAAGGGUUGCUGUUUUGGUUUCCAAAGCUGCAUUUCAAUUUAUCCAAGGUGUUCAACCAAGCGAUUACCUCGUACCAGAUGAUGUUAAAGCUGCAGGUUUCCAUAUCUGUGCUGAUGAAUUGGGAUCUAUUGUUGAAGGCCAUGAUGUAAAGAAGCUGAAGUUUCAUGGGGGAGUAAGUGGUAUCGCAGAAAAGCUUUCAACAUCAACCACCAAGGGACUUAGUGGAGAUUCUGAAGCACGGAGAAUCAGGCAAGAGGUUUAUGGAAUCAAUAAGUUUGCUGAAAGUGAAGUUCGGAGUUUCUGGAUUUUUGUUUAUGAAGCUCUUCAAGACAUGACCCUCAUGAUCCUUGCAGUGUGUGCUUUUGUGUCUUUGAUAGUUGGCAUAGCAACGGAAGGAUGGCCCCAAGGAUCUCAUGAUGGUCUUGGAAUUGUUGCAAGUAUCUUACUAGUUGUAUUUGUGACAGCAACAAGUGAUUAUCGCCAAUCAUUACAAUUCAAGGAUUUGGACAAAGAGAAGAAAAAGAUUUCCAUUCAGGUUACAAGAAAUGGCUAUAGGCAGAAAAUGUCAAUAUAUAAUUUACUUCCUGGUGAUCUUGUGCAUCUUUCUAUUGGAGAUCAAGUCCCUACAGAUGGGUUAUUUGUUUCUGGAUUUUCUGUGUUGAUUGAUGAGUCAAGUUUAACUGGUGAGAGUGAACCAGUGAUGGUGACUUCCCAGAAUCCAUUUCUUCUCUCUGGAACCAAGGUCCAAGAUGGAUCAUGCACCAUGUUGGUUACCACUGUUGGGAUGAGAACCCAAUGGGGAAAGUUGAUGGCAACUCUCAGUGAAGGUGGAGAUGAUGAAACCCCAUUGCAGGUGAAACUGAAUGGAGUGGCAACCCUUAUUGGGAAGGUAGGACUAUUCUUCGCAGUGGUUACUUUUGUGGUUUUGGUGAAAGGACUCAUGAGCCGCAAAAUCAGAGAAGGAAGAUUCUGGUGGUGGUCUGCAGAUGAUGCCAUGGAGAUGUUGGAAUUCUUUGCUAUCGCAGUUACCAUCGUUGUUGUUGCAGUUCCAGAAGGGCUUCCAUUGGCUGUGACAUUGAGCCUUGCAUUUGCAAUGAAGAAGAUGAUGAAUGACAAAGCCCUGGUGAGGCAUUUGGCAGCUUGUGAGACAAUGGGAUCAGCCACAACUAUAUGCAGUGACAAGACUGGUACACUAACAACAAAUCACAUGACUGUUGUGAAAACGUGCAUUUGCAUGAGCAGCAAGGAAGUGAACAACAAGGAACAUGGUUUGUGUUCUGAACUCCCAGAUUCUGCUCAAAAACUGUUGCUACAAUCCAUAUUUAAUAAUACUGGGGGAGAGGUUGUGGUCAACAAGAGAGGAAAACGUGAGAUCUUGGGGACACCAACAGAGUCAGCAAUAUUGGAGUUUGGAUUAUCAUUGGGUGGUGAUCCUCAGAAAGAGAGACAAGCAUGUAAGCUUGUUAAAGUUGAGCCAUUCAACUCUCAGAAGAAGAGAAUGGGUGUGGUUGUGGAGCUCCCAGAAGGAGGUUUAAGAGCACAUUGCAAAGGUGCUUCAGAAAUAGUUCUUGCUGCUUGUGACAAUGUGAUUGACUCAAAGGGUGAUGUUGUCCCACUUAAUGCAGAAUCAAGAAAUUAUCUUGAGAGUACAAUAGACCAGUUUGCUGGUGAGGCACUUAGAACUCUUUGCCUUGCCUAUAUAGAAUUGGAACAUGGGUUUUCUGCUGAAGACCCUAUUCCUGCUUCUGGGUAUACUUGUAUAGGAGUUGUUGGUAUCAAAGAUCCUGUUCGUCCGGGUGUUAAGGAGUCUGUUCAAGUGUGUCGUUCAGCUGGAAUAAUGGUAAGAAUGGUUACUGGAGACAAUAUUAAUACUGCAAAGGCUAUAGCCAGGGAAUGUGGAAUUUUAACAGAAGAUGGCUUAGCCAUUGAAGGUCCAGACUUUAGAGAGAAGACUCAGGAGGAAAUGUUUGAACUGAUUCCCAAAAUUCAGGUUAUGGCUCGAUCCUCUCCUUUAGACAAACAUACACUGGUGAAACAAUUGCGUACAACGUUUGGGGAAGUUGUAGCUGUAACUGGUGAUGGAACAAAUGAUGCCCCUGCCCUUCAUGAAGCAGACAUUGGACUUGCAAUGGGAAUUGCUGGAACUGAGGUUGCUAAAGAAAGUGCAGAUGUCAUAAUUCUGGAUGAUAAUUUCUCCACAAUAGUGACGGUGGCCAAAUGGGGACGUUCAGUGUACAUUAACAUUCAGAAGUUUGUUCAGUUCCAGCUUACUGUAAAUGUGGUUGCAUUACUAGUAAACUUCUCAUCGGCCGUUUUGACAGGCAGUGCACCCCUCACGGCCGUUCAACUUUUGUGGGUGAACAUGAUCAUGGACACGUUAGGAGCACUUGCGCUUGCAACUGAACCUCCAACCGAUGACUUAAUGAAGCGUGCCCCUCUGGGAAGGAAAGGGGAUUUCAUCAAUAGUAUUAUGUGGAGGAAUAUCUUAGGACAAGCAUUGUAUCAGUUUGUGGUGAUAUGGUUUCUCCAGACGGUAGGAAAAUGGGUCUUUUUCCUCAGGGGACCCAAUGCUGGUGUAGUCUUAAACACACUUAUCUUCAACUCAUUUGUCUUCUGUCAGGUUUUCAAUGAGAUAAACUCUCGUGAGAUGGAGGAAGUAGAUGUUUUCAAAGGCAUAUGGGACAAUCAUGUGUUUGUGGCUGUCAUCGGUUGCACUGUUGUGUUUCAAAUCAUAAUAGUUGAGUACUUGGGAACCUUUGCAAACACAACACCUCUCUCUCUGGUACAGUGGAUCUUUUGCUUAUCAGUUGGAUAUGUAGGCAUGCCAAUCGCAACUUACUUAAAGCAGAUACCCGUCUGAAGCAUUCUCAACUUAGUUUUUAAACACAAGUUUAAGGUUUGUUCUGUUAUUGUACAUUCACUGAUAGCAUGCUAUAACUGGUCUAGCAUUGUUGGAGGUUUCCUUGGGUUGGAAUCACAAGUUUUGAGCAGGAAAUUAGAAAUCUGGAGUCUAGCAACCAUUCAAUAGAUACAUAGUCAUUAAUUCAUUAGAUUGAAAAUUUGUACACGUAUACUUCCACAUGUUGUAGCAUAUUUAUCAAUGUGUAGCUGAUGUAACAACUUCAAUUACUUGUGGUAAAGUUGUCAUUUUCAAAAUUUUAAUUACACUUUCAUUUGCUGAAUAACUUUGUGAGGAUCAACAACUAGC